AUUCCAUAUUCCUAUCUUCUUCUAUUCAUCGCGUUGUGCUGAGCCAAUUUGAGUGCCACACAACACAAUGCUACUAUCCAUGGCUAUGGCUAUGUCAUCUCUACCUCACAACCUCACCUUUCUACCUUCACAUCUUUCUCCACUAUCUUCUUCAAUUUCUACUACUAAAUCUCUUCGAAACACUUCUUUAUUCAAAAUCAAAUGCAUUAAAACUGAAAGAGAAGCUUCUUCAUCAGACCCAAAUCGAGGUUUCGAUCCUAAAUCAGGUGUAUCUGUUUAUAAACCUAAGUCUUAUGAAGUUCUCGCCACUGAUGCUGCUAAUUCACUCAAUUUUGCUCUUCAAGAUGGAAAACUGAGAAUCGAAAUCGAUUUCCCGCCCUUGCCCAGCAACAUUUCUUCAUAUAAGGGAUCUUCAGAUGAUUUCAUCGAUGCCAACAUUCAACUUGUCUUAGCUGUUGUAAAAAAGCUCCAGGAGAAAAAAGAGACCAGAGCUUGCGUAGUAUUCCCUGAUAAACCAGAAAAGCUUCGAGCCUCUCAGUUGUUCAAAGCAGCUCUGGAUUCAGUUGAUGGCCUUACUAUAGGCUCCUUAGAUGAUAUCCCUGCAGGACCCGUGGCUUCAUUUUUCAGAUCUGUUAGAAACACCCUUGAUUUUGACUUUGAAGAUGAGAAUGAAGGUCGUUGGCAGUCUAGUGAACCUCCAUCGCUCUACAUAUUCAUUAAUUGCAGUACACGUGAACUUGGUUAUAUUGAGAAGUAUGUGGAAAAAUUUGCUCCAUCAACCCCAACACUUUUAUUUAAUCUUGAGCUAGAUACACUGCGUGCUGAUUUAGGCCUUCUAGGCUUCCCACCCAAAGAUUUGCAAUACCGCUUUCUUUCUCAAUUCACUCCAGUAUUCUACAUUCGGAUCAGAGAUUAUUCAAAGACAAUUGCAGUAGCACCUUAUAUUGUCAAUUACAGUGGAGCUGUGUUCCGCCAAUACCCUGGUCCCUGGCAGGUGAUGCUUAAGCAAGCUGAUGGUUCUUAUGCGUGUGUAGCAGAAAGUGCAACUCGCUUCACCCUUGGUGAAGCCAAAGAAGAACUGUUGAGGGUCCUUGGACUUCAAGAAGAAGUGGGAAGCUCUCUAGAAUUUCUACGAAGAGGCUAUAGGUCAAGCACAUGGUGGGAAGAAGAUUCUGAAUUGGAAGUAUCUUCUGCAUGGCGGACCUGAGUAGAACACUGCUAGAGGAGGUUCUGUGUUUUAUUGUCCAUCCACAGCAAUGGUCAUCGAAUGCUCGCAUGCAGAGAAAGAAGGCGUUGCUUACAUAGUUUAUUUUUCUUUUAAGUGAUUUGAUGUAAUACUUUUGCCAAAGGAAUACGAGGACCAAGCAAACUCAACUGUUGUAACUAUGUCAAUUGUAACUUAUAUAAUAUUGUAAAAAAAUAAAAAAAAUAUUGUAACUUCUAUGAUGCCUUAGGCUGUCUUGAAUUGCAAGAUAUCAGUUGAGUUACACAAAACAUGUAUGAUUAUAAUGAUAACAAUUCAACAGUAAAAUGUUCAAACUCCAUUAGCUCUGCCCUAUGCACAGU